AGAAAAAGAAAAAAAUUUCUAUUUGGCUUGAUUUGUCGUUUUUAUUUUGUUUUUGUGAACAACUUUUUCUGGGUUUAUUGAUGAGGAAAGCUUUCAUACGCGUUUGAACAGACUAAUAAAUCAACCCUUUUCUUAUCUCACAAUUAUUUUAUUGAAAAGCUUUCUUAUUUACAGGAAACUGUUCUUGUUCAGCUUUUUUGUUUGUUUUUAAUUUCUGUUAAAAUUUCUGUUGACGUUCUUUCCUUGUCAAUAAGAAGGGAUAAGAAAUUUAGAGACAUGGGAAAGCAUGGACCUUGCUAUCACUGUGGUGUUACAAGCACUCCCCUGUGGCGUAAUGGGCCUCCUGACAAGCCAGUACUCUGCAAUGCGUGUGGUUCGAGGUGGAGAACAAAAGGAACUUUAGUAAAUUAUACACCUCUGCACUCGAGAGCUGAAGGCGACGAGAUCGAGGACCGCAGGUUUUCUAAGGUGAGAGCCUUAGCAGUUAAGAACAAAGAGGCAAAGGCUCUCAAGCGCAAGUAUGAAAGUGAUGCUCCUCUCGAUUAUAAUAAUAACCAAGGAUUUCGUAGAGUGUUUGAUGAAGAUACUAGCAAUCGGUCGAGCUCUGGCUCUGCUAUUUCGAACUCCGAGAGCUGUGCGCAAUAUGGCAGUGUUGAUGCAAGUGAUUUAACUGGCUUAUCCCAACCUGUCGUAUGGGAUUCGACAGUGCCCUCGAGAAAAAGGACAUGCGUGACUCGUCCAAAGCAGCCAUCUCAAGUAGAGAAGCUUACUAAGGAUUUGUAUACAAUAUGGUACGAGCAGCAAUCUUCAUGUCUGUCUGUAACCUCAGAGGACGAUUUGCUUCUCGACAGUGAUAAACCUAUGGUUUCGGUUGAGAUUGGCCAUGGGAGUGUGCUUAUCAGGCAUCCAAGCUCGAUUGUUCGAGAGGAGGAAUCGGAAGCUAGCUCUCUUUCUAUUGAUAAUAAGAGACGUGUUCUGAGUACGCAGCCUGUGGCUUUUCCCAGUCUUGUGGAGGACAGAUGUGUUAAUUUAUCGAGGGCUGGAAUUGAGAAAAUUCCGAAGCCUGCUUCUAAUACAGGGACGAAAAAGGAGCAAAUUAAAAGAGACAAGGAUCAACCUGAAAAAUUACUGAUUUUGGCGCAUCAUAAUUCACCUCUGGGUCACAUAGACUUGCAAGAAAUUGUAAAUUUCAACAAGUUCGUGAGUCAUUUCACAAAUGAUGAACAACAAGAAUUGCUAAAGCUUUUACCUUGUGUUGACACUUCAGAAGCUCCAAAUAGUCUUAGAAUCAUGUUUGGCAGCCCACAGUUCAAGGAGAACUUGUCCUCCUUCCAGAAACUUCUUGCAGAUGGACUCUUUGACAACACUUUAUCCAGUCUGCCGAAAGAAGAUUGUAAAGUUGUGAGGAAACUUGUGUUGUGCAAUUUGAGUAAAUCGAAAUGGGUGGAACAGUAUAAAAUCUGUAAGGAGUCGAAAGGUAAAGGUGCCUUUGAUGAACCAGAAGCCGUAAAAUCAAAUGCACUUGCUACUGAUUCUUCACUUAGUGUGACAAGGCCACGAGAUGGGGUCCACCAAAAGUUUUCAGGGCAAAAGGCGAUGAUUAAAAGUCCAAAAAGGAUAGUGAUGAGGUCGAGCUACAAUGAGGAAGUGAAAGUAGAUAAAGGUCGCUCUUUCUUGAGUCCAAAAAGCCUAUUUUGUUCAGAUUUUGGUGAUGAGAACUGUGAACAAGAUUUGCUGCUCGACGUUCCAUCUAAUGGUUUGUUCCCACAGGCUGAACUCCUCCCGAGUUCCAGUUUCGGUGCACAAGCAAGCACCACAAGUAGUACUUCAUUGUACCCAUACUUAGGCCAUCCCUGAGCGGCUUGCUUCUCAACAGUUGGGUUUUCUUGAAACCCGACUUUUUGUCUGUCUUUCCCUUUGUUUUUUUUUUUUAUACAAGUCUGGUUGGUGAAUUGGAUGUCGGUUUCGCCUCAUGCCAGGGAGUAGCAAAUUUAAAGAUGAUUGAUAAGAAAAGGGAUUGCAAUGGAUUGAUCUUC